AUGGCAUAUGAUGGCGGUGGAUGCGAGAUCAAUAAGGCUGCCUUGGUUGGGUUGUUGUCUCUGUUUGUAGUUGCGAUGGUUAAUGGUGUCAAUGGCGCAGAAGAGCACUCUGAGAGCUCUAGCGCCAUUAAGACUCUUUGUGAACCCACUGAUUAUCGCCAGACUUGUGAGGAAGCCUUGGCGAAGUCCAAAACGGACUCAGAAGACCCACGUGAGCUAAUCAAGGCAGGAUUCCAUUACGUAGUUGAGCAGAUCAAAUCCGCCAUUACAAAUUCCAAAACCCUGAAAGAAACUGCGAGUGACCCCAUGGCCAAGAAGGCGCUUGAUGAUUGCAGUGAACUCAUGGAUUAUGCAGUUGACGAUCUUUUAUUAUCGUUUGAUAAGAUCACCGAGACUUUUGAUUUUAGUAAAAUGGAUGAUUACAUUGAGGAUCUUAGGAUUUGGUUGAGUGGUGCAUUGACGUAUCAGGUUACUUGUUUGGAUGGGUUUGAGAACGUUACUGGUGAUACGGGUGAAAAGAUGAAGCACUUGUUGAAGUUGUCACAAGAAAUGACCGUCAAUGCGCUUGAGAUGGUGGGUGAAGUUAAAUCCGUUGUGAGCUCCUUAUGGGAAGGCUUGGGGCUGCCACCAUUGGGACGAGAACUGCGAACAAAGGGAUCCGAGGAAGAGGAGGAACUGCCAUCUUGGGUCAACGACAGACGGGGUCUACUCCAAGCCACCGGAGCCAAUGUUAAGGCGGAUGCAGUGGUGGCUAAGGAUGGAAGUGGAAAGUACAAGACAAUCACUGAAGCCAUUCGAGAUGUCCCAAAGAAGAGCAAUAAAACCUUUGUCAUUUAUAUCAAGGAAGGAGUAUAUGAAGAGCAAGUAAUGGUCGACAAAAAGACAACCUAUGUCAUGAUGAUCGGAGAUGGCCCGACUAAGACCAAGAUCACUGCUAGAGAAAACUUUGCUGAUGGAACAUCCACAUUCAAAACUGCUACCGUUUCGGUGAUCGGAACCAACUUCAUCGGAAAAGAUUUGUGGUUCGAGAACUCAGCUGGGGCUGCAAAGCACCAAGCUGUUGCACUUCGAGUUCAAUCUGACAUGUCAAUCUUCUAUAACUGUCGAAUGGACGGCUAUCAAGAUACUCUCUACACUCAUGCCCACCGUCAGUUCUAUCGAGACUGCACCAUCACUGGCACCAUAGACUUCAUUUUUGGCAACGCCGCCGUCGUGUUACAAAAUUGCAAGAUCUUCGUGAGGAAGCCAUUGGAAAAUCAAAAAUGCAUUGUCACAGCCCAAGGCCGAACCCAAAAGAAAGAGCCCACUGCUAUUAUCCUCCAAAACUGCGUCAUUUCUUCCGACCCCGAAUACUUCCCUGUCCGCCAUAUCAACAAGGCCUAUCUUGGUCGUCCAUGGAAAGCAUAUUCAAGAACUAUCAUCAUGGAAUCUCAAAUUGACGACUUGAUCCAACCUGAAGGGUGGCUUCCAUGGAUGGGAAAUUUUGCUCUCAAUACUCUAUUUUACUCGGAGUUCAAUAAUAGGGGACCUGGUGCAUCAACGAAAGAUCGAGUCAAGUGGAAAGGAAUUAAACAGAUCACAGCGAAGCAUGCCCUUGAUUUUACUCCUGCAUUGUUUAUUCGUGGUAAUCCCUGGAUUAAGCCCACCGGAGUUCCAUACAGUUCAGGCAUGAUGAACCCCUAGUCUAAAACAAACACAAGAAGAGAAUUGUUUCUCCAUUUAUAUUUAGAAAGAUUGAGCAUAUGAAUUAUGAAUAAAAAGAUUUUUCCCUC